AGCUCAGAGCUGGAACACAUUCAGCGCGCUGUCGCAGUCUUUCUCUGCCUCUACGGCUACGCCUUCAUCUACGCACCGCUAGCCCUAGAGAGCGGUGAUGCUGGUGAAGGCCGCGGCAGCCUGAAGUCGGAAAGGUCCGCCGCCGCCUCACCGCGACACUGUGUACUGCCGCCGGAUCUUGCCGAUAUUCCCUCAGUGUGCCUCCUGGGCAAUCUGCCCCUGCUGGCAAAAAGCACUGUCAGCGUGGGUGAUUCCAUAAACACUGGUAUGUUUGCUGUCUCGCUUUUUUUCUUUGAGCUUCCAUGA